CGGCUGUUCUGUCCCGAGCUAGAGUCUCACCUGAGCCCGUCGAUGUCUGCACGCACAGGGGAGGAAGGAGAACAAGGUGAGGGACAAUGAGGACGAGAAGGGAGCUGAGGGAGGACAGCACCACACUCAUUGACAUGGAAACCAAGCCAGAGAACAACUAUGGCAGCAUUAACAUGAAUGCACCUGUUCAGCCUCAGGACAGGAACGUGUUCAGAGAUGGAUCAACUCGAAUUGAUUUUGUGUUGGUGUGGGAGGAGCCUCGUAACUCACAGAGGGAGAGUACAGGUGUUAACCCCACCCACCUGAAAUGGAGGGAGGAUUUUCUGAACAGACUGAGACAUGCCGGACUGCUGCAGGAACAGAGGGAAGUCCUGCAGACAAAGAUGAGGAUUUGUUUUGCCCUCCUCAGCGCUCCAUGGAGCGUCCUCUGUUACUACGCUGAGGAGAUCAGUCUGAGAGUCCCUCUACAGGUGGUCACUGCUCCAGUUAUUAUCUGGUCUGAAAAGAUCCUAUCCAAGCUGUCCCUCCCCAACCCCAUGUCCCAGGAUGUGCCCAAAACCCCACCUGACUACUACACCUGUCAGUUCAAGACCAACAAGCUGCAGAGGUUUCUGGGCAGCGACAACCAUAAGACGUUUUUCAAGACGACUCAGAGACACCAGGUGCUGUAUGAGAUUCUGGCCAGGACUCCAUAUGGUUCCUUGAAGAAGGGGGAGGUGGGAAUCGACCGGCUGCUGAGUGAGCAGGUCUUCACUGCUGCCUACCCUCUGCAUGAGGGUGGGUUUCAGCUGCAGACCCCCCCAGUGCCCCCCGAGUGUUUGAGACUGAGACAGAUACUGUAUGGUUACUGGGCCCAGUGGUCUUGCUGGAGACGUUACCAACCUCUGGACCACAUCAGGGAGUACUUUGGAGAGAAGAUAGCACUUUAUUUUGCCUGGCUCGGUUUCUACAAUGGUUGGCUGUUACCGGCGUCUAUCAUGGGGACUCUGAUCUUCCUGUUUGGAUUUUGGCUCAUGGCCAGUGAUGUUCCAGCGAAGGAGGUGUGUGACAGUGGAAACACCUUCAUCAUGUGUCCCAUCUGUAACAUCUGCUCCUACUGGAACUACUCCAGCAUCUGUGUCAGCUACAAGGCAGGUGUCCUAUUUGAUAAUGGAGGGACAGUGUUUCUCAGUGUCUUCAUAUCCCUGUGGGCCGUUACCUUCCUGGAGUACUGGAAAAGAACCUGUUCAGCUCUGUCUCACCGGUGGGACUGCUCUGACUUCCAGGAGAUCGAGGAGCGACCUCGCCCAGAGUUCACAGCCAUGGCACCGAUGACCGUGAGGAACCCAGUGACUGGAGCAGAGGAACCUUACUUUCCUGAAGAGAAACGGUUCAACAGAACUUUGACUGGCUGCAUGGUCAUCAUCAUCAUGAUGACUGUGGUGUUGAUGUUCCUCAUUGCCAUCAUUCUGUAUCGUACCAUCCUCACCAUCAUCAUUUACAACUCCCACGACAACUUCCUCAGCUUCUCUGCUCAGAGGAUAGCCAGUAUUUCAGGAUCAGUGUUGAACCUGUUGGUGAUCCUCAUGUUGUCCAGGGUUUACACCGCACUGGCCCACAUCCUCACCCGCUGGGAGAUGCAUCGCACUCAGAGUAAAUAUGAAGACAUGUUCAUCCUCAAAGUUUUCAUCUUCCAGUUUGUCAACUUCUACUCGUCUCCAGUUUACAUUGCUUUCUUCAAAGGCAGGUUUGUUGGUUACCCUGGACACUUCAACACUCUGUUUGGAGUUCGCAACGAGGACUGUGGAGCAGGUGGGUGUCUUAUUGAACUGGCUCAGGAGCUGCUGGUCAUCAUGGUGGGAAAACAGCUGAUCAAUAACAUCCAGGAGUUCAUCUUCCCGAAGGUAAGGACAUGGUGGCAGAAGAGGAGGAUGAGUCCACGGCUGAGAGAGGUCAAGAAGGAGGAAGGAGAGGAGGUUCAGUGGGAGGAGCAGCAGCAGCAGGAGGAAGAGGAGGUCUCUCCCUGGGAGGCAGACUACCAGCUGCUGGUCUGUGAGGGACUCUUCAGUGAGUACCUCGAGAUGGUGAUUCAGUUUGGUUUCAUCACCAUCUUCGUGGCGGCAUGUCCUCUUGCUCCUCUCUUUGCUCUAAUUAAUAACUGGGUGGAGGUGCGACUGGACGCUCAGAAGUUUGUGACUGAGUAUCGCCGUCCGGUGGUGGAGCGAGCUCAAGACAUCGGCAUCUGGCUCCCCAUUCUGCAGUUCAUCACACACACAGCCGUCCUAAGCAACGCUUUCCUCAUCGCCUUCACCUCGUCCUUCCUGCCCCGUCUCUACUAUCGCUACACCAGAGACAGCUCGCUGAGCGGCUUCAUCAACUUCACUCUGGCAACAUCACCACACAACUACAGCCAGCAUCACACCUCCUGCAGGUAUCGAGGUUUCAGGGAUGAAAAUGGUGAAAACACACCUGAGUACUAUCACCUGCUCGCCGUACGACUUAGUUUUGUCAUCAUCUUUGAGCAUGUAGUCUUUUUCAUCGGCCGUCUGAUUGACAUGAUGGUCCCUGACAUCCCUGAGGAGGUGGAGAUGAAGAUGAGGAGGGAGCACUAUAUGGCUAAAGAGGCACUGGCUGAGAACCAGGCUUUGGGGAAAACCAUGAUUCCCUCUGGUAAGGACACAGUUUCCAGCGACCUGCGACAGCGUGGAUCUAAACCUUCACCACCACCGCAGAGGGACUCCCCCCCACCAAACCUGGAGGAGAUCCCAGAGGAAACGGACACGAAAGGCAGCUGCUGA